UGUCAGGGGACGUGUAAAGUUAUUCAUUACGGAAACGGUUUAAGAAGCAAGGAGAAGAUGGCGGAAAAACAGGUUUUGUUUUGAGACUGCAGCUAGUGAGUCGGAUGAAACAACUAAUCGUACAGAAAGAUCCUUUCAAGCAGAUGAAGGAUCUCAACCAGCUCAAGAAUCAACUGGAAGAUAUCCAGAAGCGUGUGGAGACCGAAUUUGCAGCAGGAAUUCCACAGGGGGGCUCUGUGCUGGCAUCUCCCUUUUUGAAGGGGUUCCUGGCCGGGUACGUGGUGGCCAAGCUCCGCUCCUCAGCUAUCAUAGGAGUGCUACUAGGAACAUUCACAGGCAUCUAUGCUGCACAAAACUAUCAGGUGCCCAACAUUGACAGCACUCUGAAGGACUAUAUGAGUUUGUUUAGAAAAGGACCAAAGUAAUGGGAAGAACCAGGCCUAGGCGUCAUCUUCUAACUGCCUAAGGUUAAGGACACAACCACCACUUCUGUAGAUGCUCCCUUUUCAGAGGCUCUCUAUUGUGUAUACAGCACAAAGAACAUGUGGAUUUAACUGGAUUUUGACGUGUC